AUAAAAUUACUGAUAAGGAAGUCGGUGAUUUCUGUUUUUGUCAGCAAACUAUGGAUACGAAAGAAGGAAACGUCAAUCUCAAGGAAAGUUGCCAGUACGGAAGUGUGCAGCGAGAGUCAUCCGAAGAAGAAGAAAUGGAUGAACCAGUAGGAUGGAAAUUUUGGAAGAAAAGACGUUAUGUUGUUGGAGUAUUAGCAUUUUUUGGAUUUUUUACCUCUUAUAUUUUACGAGUUAAUUUGAGUGUUGCAAUUGUCGCAAUGACAACAAGUUCACAUGGGGAAGAAGCAGAAUUUGAUUGGGACUCAAAACUCCAAGGACUUGUUCUCAGCUCAUUUUUUUACGGAUACAUUAGCACACAAUUAUUAGGCGGGUGGCUAAGUGCGCGUAUUGGCGGUAAAAGAGUAUUUGGAAUCGGAAUCGCGGUAACUGCACUUUUGACAUUGAUAACACCACCUUUGACACGAGUCAGUGUUUAUAUUCUGGUUGCUUUACGGAUAAUCGAAGGAAUAUUUGAGGGUGUCACAUAUCCAUGUAUUCAUUCCAUAUGGGCAAACUGGGCUCCGCCUUUAGAAAGAUCAAAACUUGCGACUCUAGCAUUCUCAGGCAGUUUCGUUGGUACAGUUUUCGCAAUGCCCGCAUGCGGAAUUAUGGCUGAACGUUUAGGUUGGCCAUCAGUCUUUUAUAUUUUCGGAGUUGUAGGCUUAAUAUGGUUUAUACUUUGGUGGCUCAUAGUCACUGACAAACCAGAAGACGAUCCCAGAAUAUCAAAGGCUGAACUUGAUUACAUAAAAAAAUCACUCGGAAGCGGUAAUCAACAAACGAAAAUUUCUCAUCCUUGGAAGUCAAUUUUUAAAUCACCAGCUGUUUGGGCGAUUGUCGCAGCUCACUUUAGUGAAAACUGGGGUUUCUACACGAUGCUUACGCAACUACCGAAAUUUAUGAGCGAUGUGUUGAACUUCAAGCUUGAAAAAACAGGAUUUUUUUCGGCAGUUCCGUAUUUAGUAAUGUCUAUUGUAUUACAAUGUUCUGGACAUUUAGCCGACCACUUACGAUCAAAAAAUGUCCUGAGUACCACCAAUGUACGCAAAAUAUUCACUUGCGGUGCUUUUUUGAGUCAGACAAUAUUUAUGAUAUCUGCUGGGUUCGCAACGACAUCAAUGAAUGCUAUUACUUGUCUUUCCAUUGCUGUUGGCCUUGGUGGUUUUGCCUGGUCAGGCUUUAGUGUAAAUCAUCUUGAUAUUGCUCCACAACACGCAAGUGUAUUGAUGGGUAUAGGAAACACAAUCGCAACUCUUCCCGGCAUCGUCAGUCCUAUUAUCACUGGUUACAUCGUUCAAAAUAAGACUGCCGCAGAGUGGCGAAUAGUAUUAGUGAUUGCCGGUUCAAUCUAUUUGAUAGGUGCUGUAAUUUAUGGUUUAUUUGCAUCCGGUGAAAGACAACAGUGGGCUCUAGAGAAGAAAAAUGAAGAUUUAAAAGCGUACACUAAUCAAGCUAUGGAUUAUAAUUCUCACGUUAGACGAAGCGGAUGGAAACUUUGGAAAAAACGCCGUAAUGUUGUUGUAGUCUUGGCGUUUUUUGGAUUUUUCACUUCUUAUAUUCUGCGAGUCAAUUUAAGUACUGCAAUUGUUGCAAUGACAACAAGUUUAUCUGGAAAUAAAGCAGAGUUUGAAUGGGACUCAAAAAUUCAAGGAUACAUUCUCAGCUCUUUUUUCUACGGAUACGUGAGUACACAAUUGCUAGGCGGAUGGCUAAGUGCACGUGUUGGGGGUAAAAUAGUGUUUGGUGUAGGCCUUGGAGUAACUGCAUUUUUGACAUUGGUAACACCACCCUUAACACGAGUCAGCGUUUACAUUCUUAUUGGCUUACGAGUAGUCGAAGGAAUAUUUGAGGGUGCAGCGUACCCAUGUAUUCAUUCCAUAUGGGCCAACUGGAUUCCACCUCCAGAAAGAACAAAAUUAGUGUCUCUCGCAUUCUCAGGCAGUUUUGUCGGCACAGUUUUCUCAAUGUCAACGUGUGGAAUCAUGGCAGAACGAUUAGGUUGGCCGUCAGUCUUCUAUUUCAGUGGAACUCUCGGCUUGAUUUGGUUGACUCUAUGGUGCUUUAUUGUCACCAACAAACCAGAAGAUGAUCCUCAUAUUUCACAGUCUGAACUUAAUUACAUAAAAAAAUCGCUUGGUCAAAUUGAUAAGCAAACGCAAAUUUCUCAUCCAUGGAAGUCGAUUUUUAAAUCACCAGCCGUUUGGGCAAUUUUAGCUGCACAUUUAAGCGAGGCUUGGGGUUUUUAUACAAUGCUAACUCAAUUGCCGAAGUUCAUGAAUGAUGUUCUGAGCAUGAAGCUUCAAAAUACAGGGUUUUUCUCAGCGGUGCCUUAUCUUAUUUUGACAAUCAUUGCACUAUCUUGCGGCCACGUAGCUGAUUACUUACGUUCAAAAAAAAUCUUAAGUACUACAAAUGUACGAAAAUUAUUCACCUGCAGUGCUUUUUUAAGUCAAACAGUAUUUAUGAUACUGGCUGGAUUAUCAUCGACAUCAACGAGCGCUAUUAUUUGUCUGACUGCUGCCGUUGGUCUUGGAGGCAUCGCAUGGUCGGGUUUCAUGGUGAACCCUUUGGACAUCGCUCCUCAACAUGCGAGUGUGAUUUUAGGAAUUGGAAAUACUGUUUCUACUUUUCCUGGUAUCAUCAGUCCUAUUCUUACUGGUUACAUCGUUACAAAUGGAAAUGCCAGCGAGUGGAGGAUCGUUUUUAUUAUCGCCGGGACAGUUUAUUUAUUUGGAAUUAUAGUCUAUGGCAUUUGGGCGUCAGGUGAACAACAAAAAUGGGCCCGUGAGAAAAAAAAUGACGACUUAAAUGCAUACAGCAAUCCUGCAUUGGAAUAUAAUAAGGCAGAGUUCAACUGGGACUCAAAGCUUCAAGGAUUCAUUCUCAGUUCAUUUUUUUACGGAUAUGUAAGCACGCAAUUACUAGGUGGGUGCUUAAGUGCACGUAUUGGUAGUAAGAGAGUGUUUGGAAUAGGACUGGGAGUCACUGCACUGUUGACAUUUAUGACACCACCCUUGACACGAAUGAGUGUUUACCUUCUGAUUAGCUUACGGAUAGCUGAAGGAAUAUUUGAGCUAGAGAAAAUUUCUCAUCCAUGGAAGUCAAUUUUUAAAUCCCUACCCGUCUGGGCAAUUUUUGCUGCGGGUUUAAGCGAGGCUUGGGGUUUUUAUACAUUGUUAACUCAAUUGCCGAAGUUCAUGAAUGAUGUUCUAAGUAUGAAGCUUGAAAAUACAGGGCUCCUCUCAGCAGUGCCUUAUCUUAUUUUGUCAAUCGUUGCACUAUUUUUCGGUCGUAUAGCUGAUUACUUACGUUCAAAAAAAAUUUUAACUACUACAAAUGUACGAAAAUUAUUCACCUGCAGUGCUUUUUUAAGUCAAACAGUAUUUAUGAUACUGGCUGGAUUUUCAUCGUCCUCAACGAGCGCUAUUAUUUGUUUAUCUGCUGCUGUUGGCCUUGGAGGCAUCGCUUGGUCGGGAUUUGGGGUGAACCCUUUGGACAUCGCACCACAACAUGCAUGCAUUAUCAUAGGAAUUGGAAAUACUAUUGGUACUCUUCCUGGUAUCUUCAGUCCUAUAAUUACUGGUUACCUCGUUCCAAACGGAACGGCCAGCGAAUGGAGGAUCGUUUUUAUGAUAGCUGGGGCAGUUUAUUUAAUUGGAAUUAUAGUCUACGGUCUUUGUGCAUCAGGUGAACAACAAAAAUGGGCCCUUGAGAAAAAGAAUGACUUGAAAGUAUACAGCAAUCAAGCAUUGGAUCUUCCUUGU